CCGGCGAGCGCUGUUCGAGAAGAGGAAGCGGCUAAGCGACUACGCGCUCAUCUUCGGAAUGUUCGGCAUCGUCGUCAUGGUCAUCGAGACCGAGCUGUCCUGGGGGCUCUACUCCAAGGACUCCAUGUUCUCCCUGGCCCUGAAAUGCCUUAUCAGCCUCUCCACCGUCAUCCUGCUGGGGCUCAUCAUCGCCUACCACACGCGGGAGGUGCAGCUCUUUGUGAUCGACAACGGUGCCGACGACUGGCGGAUCGCCAUGACGUACGAGCGCAUCCUCUACAUCAGCCUGGAGAUGCUGGUUUGUGCCAUUCACCCCAUCCCUGGGGAGUACAAAUUUUUCUGGACCGCACGCUUGGCGUUCUCCUACACUCCCUCUCGGGCGGAGGCGGACGUGGACAUCAUCCUGUCCAUCCCCAUGUUCCUGAGGCUCUACCUGAUUGCACGUGUCAUGCUGCUGCACAGCAAGCUCUUCACCGACGCCUCGUCGCGCAGCAUUGGUGCGCUCAACAAGAUCAACUUCAACACUCGUUUUGUCAUGAAGACCCUCAUGACCAUCUGCCCUGGGACGGUGCUGCUGGUGUUCAGCAUCUCCCUCUGGAUCAUCGCCGCGUGGACGGUGCGGGUGUGUGAGAGGUACCACGACCAGCAGGACGUGACCAGCAACUUCCUGGGUGCCAUGUGGCUCAUCUCCAUCACCUUCCUCUCCAUCGGGUAUGGGGACAUGGUGCCGCACACCUACUGUGGGAAGGGGGUCUGUCUGCUCACUGGCAUCAUGGGCGCCGGCUGCACAGCCCUGGUGGUGGCUGUGGUGGCCCGAAAGCUGGAGCUCACCAAAGCUGAGAAGCACGUUCACAACUUCAUGAUGGACACGCAGCUGACCAAGAGGAUCAAGAACGCGGCGGCCAACGUCCUGCGGGAGACGUGGCUCAUCUACAAGCACACCAAGCUGCUGAAAAAGAUUGACCACGCCAAAGUCCGGAAGCACCAGAGGAAAUUCCUACAAGCCAUUCACCAGCUGCGCAGUGUGAAGAUGGAGCAGCGGAAGCUGAGCGACCAGGCCAACACGCUGGUCGACCUCUCGAAGAUGCAGAACGUGAUGUACGACCUCAUCACCGAGCUCAACGACCGCAGCGAGGACCUGGAGAAGCAGCUCGGCAGCCUGGAGUCCAAACUGGAGCAGCUGAGCGCCAGCUUCAACUCACUGCCUCUGCUGCUGGCCGACAUGCUGCGCCAGCAGCACCAGCGCCUGCUCGCCGCCGUGGUGGAGGCUCGGGCGGUUGCCGUGCCUGCCGGCACCCCGCAGACCCCUCUAUCCGAGAGCCCCAUCGGGGUCAGCUCCACCUCCUUCCCCACCCCGUACACCAGCUCCAGCAGCUGCUAAAAGCGCAGAGCAAAGCCCCCUCCUGGCGCUCCGUGGACACGGGGAGAGCUGGCGGCGGCCCCGAGGACUCGGUGUUCCCUCUGGGAACGGUGUUGGAGCGGUGAUGCCUUGGGAUGGACAUCUCCCCCCUUCUCCCCUCCCCCCCAGACCCACUCCCUUUCCCCCCGUUUCGGUGCCUCUACUCGUGGUGAAGGAAGGGGACGGAGGCGACGCUUCGCGCCGCGGCGCUCGGUGGAGGACAGGAAUCCACGCUCAAUCUCAGGUCUUCACAUUGAAAACAAAACAAAACGAACACAAACCAGUCGGAAGCACUGAAGCGACGGAGACACCGGAGGGAGAAUCGCACCGUGUGGAGCUCGGGGCUACGGGGGGGGGCACAGGGCUGCUCACCCCCACCCCCUCCCAAUGCGUUCCCCUCCUCCUGACCUUGGAGUUCUUGCACAGCUCUGCCCUGAGAUGUCCGUGCUCCGUCCCGUCUCCUUGCCAAGACACCAACACGUUCCCCUCGCUCUGUUCCAGGGUAGGUGGUGGGCUCCGAGCUGAGCGGGGUUCUCUCUGCAGCACCGGUGCUCUCUGUUGGGGCAGAACCAGAUCUUCGUUUUGGCUCAUUGGAGCCUCGAGCAGUGCUUAAUACAGGUGGGGACGGCCCCACCGCUGCCCCCCGCCCCAUCCAGAGGUCUCCAAAGCCCAGAACACCCUUGAGGUCGGGGAAGGCGCCGGGCACAGCUCCGACCCCGAUGCCACAGACGAUGCUCAGUGUGGGACACUUCAUCUGUUUAAAACCACCCCAUCCCACACCACUCCUGCUGGGGGUCAGCAGCACUGGGGAGUGAAGAUUGGGGUUCUGCCCAGUCCCUGCGCUGCCCCCGCUUUGGGGACGGCGUUUGCUGCUCUCAUUGAAAACGCAGCAGAGGAUAUUUAUAUAUUUUUAAACAGAUGAAGUAAGCGUGUAAUUACUCCGUGAUAUUAAUUACACAUCACCCGGCAGUGUCAGUAAUUGUAAUCAAAAGCCACUGUGUUACUCCAGGUAUACUCAGCCUGUAAUCUUCUCCUUUGUAACUCUUUCGGUCCCGUCAGUAACGCUGCGUUCCGUGCGCACGUAGGCAGGAAUGGAUCAGCCCCAGUGCAGAGGAAUUGCUGUGCAAAACCCCACUCCCUGCUGCUGGAACGUAUCUUACUCCUCGUGCCCCACAAUUAAAGCUGCACAGGAAACAAGCAGCGGUUACGAGGCGCUCCCCCCCCUCCCCCUCUCCUCCAGCCCUGCCAUUGGCACAUGGCAGAGGAGAAGGAGGAGGAGGAGGAGGAGGAGGAGGAGGAGGAAGGCUCCUCCAGAGGAGCUGCAAAAUGCGCUCCUGGUGCUGCAGAGGUGGUGCUGUGAAGCCUGUUGGUAGCACGGUAGCAGCCCUGGUUGUUCUUGUCGCAUGGUUUGCAUUCAGGGAGCACAGAGCUCACUGCCAGCGUUUUCUAUUCCUUGGCCAGCAGCGCAUCUUCAGCUUCUGGGAAGGAGCUGCCCUCCCCCUGCACGAAGAUCUUGUCAUUAGUUUAAUUGCAGGGCGGGCAGGGCUGAUGGGAGCGUGUCACUGCCUCGGCGGUGCGCCAGCGCUGGCUCUCAGCAUUGCUACCAGUCCCUGUGCCUCCAGGUAACCAUCCCUCACCUCCCCGCUCCUCAGAUGGGGUGAAGAGGAGAUGCCCAUCUUCCCAUCUUCCCAAGGAGAUCUCGAGCACGGCAAUGGAGGAAGCCUUGUGAACGCCAAGGAUGAGCCUAAAAUACAGAAUCUCCACUGGCCGCGGGCAGCCAGCAGAGAAAAACGUUUCCAUGCCUCUCCUGUGGUUUAUGUAGGAACAAAGUGCCGUGCAGUGAUGCGUCGUGGGGCUGAAGGAAGUAUUGAUGGCUGGGAAUCGAUAUCUCCAGCGGGAAGCUCCUCAUGGGCUGGUAAUCAAGUCUGAGAAAGCAACAAGAGUAGGACAAGAGGAGGAAGUGCCAGCUGGGCUGUGAGGAAGUGACAGAGCAGUGAUGAGAGCUUCAGCAUUGCCACCAGUGCAGGAGCACCUCGUCCUUGGGCAGAGCUGCUGCUUCCUCAUGGCACCGCUGCAGCCCACGGCCCUGUGCCCUCCAUCGCAUGCUCUGAGCUCAGAGCUUGCACGUGGCAGCCCCAGCUCUGCACUUCACACCCUGUGGACCCCCAUCCUCACGCAGCCCAGCAGUCUCUCCGCCCAGCACCCCACACCUCAUGCACCUUGCACCCGUGCACCUUGAAUCCCACAGCCUGCAUCCAUGCACCCUUCAUCCCUUGCACCCUACAUCCUUCAUUCCAUAAAUCCUACGCCCUUCAUCCCAUGCAUAAUUCCUCCCUUGAACCCUAAAUGGUGCAUGCAUCCGUGCACCCUACACUCUUCAUUCCCCACAAGCUACACCCUACACCCCAUGCACCCUUCAUUCCAUUCACCUUCCAUCCCGUGCACCCUUCAUCCAAUGCACUCUAAGCCCUUCAUUCCAUGCACCCUACACCCUCCAUCCCACGCACCCUCCAUCCAACGCUCUACACCCUCAUGCCCCAUUCCGUCCCCACCCGCUGCCGGUUCAGCACCCGGACAGCGCCGCGCCGGCCCGGUGUCGGUCCCGGUCCCGGUUCCGGUUGCUAAGUGGGCACUGAGCCCACCACACACCGGCAGAUGAGAGGGGAGCUCUCCCUUCCCCUGAGCUCCGAGCGCCAAAGCGAGCAGGGAGGAGAGCUGGGACCAACGGGAGCCGUGCAGGAAAAGCACAAGAACCAAACAACAACAUCCGCUCAAAAACCCAAAGAGAUGCCGACCUCUCACCGGGAAGCAGCCCUCAGACCCCCACACCGGCUCAGCCCACCCCCCCAUUUUGCAAAGCGAGACAACCACCACCCCUCUCAGCACUCCAGCUGCUAUCCCAGGUGGGGCGAGAGCACCCUGACGCCCUCCAUACCCACCCACUGCCUCCUGCAGCACAGCCUCGGUUUUCCCCUCUGCGAACCUCUUGCACUGCCUGCAAGGAAACGUCCUAAAAACGCCAGAAAAAAAAAA